AUGACUCCUGCUGUCUGUCUGGCCAUUCUGUGCUUGGGAGUGGCCUCAGCUACUCAUUCACCUGAUCCCAGCUUGAAUUCUGAAUGGCAGAAUUGGAAGAUAAAAUAUGAAAAAAACUACAGCCUGGAGGAAGAAGGGCAGAAGAGAGCAGUAUGGGAAGAAAAUAUGAAACUGAUCAAACAGCAUAAUGUUGACUAUGACCAGGGAAAGAAUGCCUUCACCAUGGAAAUGAAUGCCUUUGGUGACAUGACUGGAGAAGAAUUCAGGAAAAUGAUGAUUGAUAUUCCAGUCCCAAAUGUUAGGAGGAAGAAAAGUAUCCAGCAACGCAUUGUUAGUAAUCUCCCCAAAUUUGUGGACUGGAGAAGAAGAGGUUAUGUGACUUCAGUGAAGAGACAGGGCAGAUGUAAUUCUUGUUGGGCUUUUUCUGUGGCUGGUGCCAUAGAAGGACAAAUGUUCCGGAAAACAGGCAGACUGGUCUCAUUGAGUCCACAAAACCUAGUGGACUGCUCUAGACCUGAAGGCAAUCAUGGCUGCCAUAUGGGUAGCACAUACUAUGCUUUAGAGUAUGUGUACAAAAAUGGAGGUCUGGAGGCUGAGGCAACCUAUCCAUAUGAAGAAAGGGAAGGCCACUGCAGGUACCAUCCUCAUCGUUCUGCUGCUAGAGUCAGGGGCUUUUCUAUUGUCCCAAGGAGUGAAAAAGCCUUAAUGCAUGCUGUAGCAACAAUAGGGCCCAUCUCUGUUGGAAUUGAUGCUGGACAUGAAUCUUUCAGGUUUUAUAAGGGAGGUAUUUAUUAUGAACCAAACUGCAGCAAUGAUAACAUUAAUCAUUCUGUUCUGUUAGUCGGAUAUGGCUAUGAGGGAAGAGAGUCAGAUGGCAGGAAAUACUGGCUGAUAAAGAACAGUCAUGGUGAAAGAUGGGGCAUGAAUGGCUACAUGAAGAUUGCCAGAGACAGGAACAACCACUGUGCAAUUGCUACAUAUGCCAUAUACCCCAUAGUGUAA